CGAAGCUCCAAAGUUGCAGCUUCAACACACGUGGAUCAACCCGCAACCUGGUGUAAAGCUCCGUCAGAUCUGCUUCCAUCGGUGUUUUUCCCGCUCAAAUCUGGUUCUAAGGUUUCCUCAGGUGUUUUUCAAAUAUAGCUACACAAAAAGCCCCAUCGUUAUACGAUCUCGCAGUCGGGCUCUGAGAAACUGUGUAAACAUGGGUACACACCCGGAAUCAUCCGACAGGCCUGUAACGGCCCCGUUAGCUGAUUUGGCAAACCGAGGAGCUCAACUGAGCGAAGUUUUGAAUAAAUUCAAUGAGCUGAAUAUGGAAAUGACCACACAACGGCGCGUGAUCGACCAGUUGGUUGCUGGUAGUGGUAGCGGUGGUCAACCUGAGCCUUUACCUACUAACCAACCUGAACCACAACCAAUACUUUUACCCUAUACUCAAACCCCCUUUACCCCACGUUUUGCAAAUCCGCAUGAAGAAACUUUUAUCUAUCUCACUCAUGCCCUACCCUAUACCCAGGCACCCGCUAUCCAAACCAAUCCUUCUCACCCCCAAAUUCCCCAAAAUUAUUCACACAUUAGUCCAAAUAUGCCACUCGAACCUCAGGGACCACAUUAUUACUCCAUCACUGAGCCAUUUAACAUGGAUACCGCCACCCAAGGGAAAGCAGAAGCUGGGGAGUCGUCCGCGUCGAUAGAUAAGAAUUUGCUAAAGCGAUUGGAUCGGUUUGAGGAGUUCAUAAGGAAAAGCCAAGGUUUGAACAAACAAGGAGGUCUGGACUACAACGAGCUGUGCCUAUUUCAAUUACGUGAUUUGGACGAUUAAAUGUUGAGUUUUCGAAAAUUUGUCAAAGCUGGAAAUGAGUCCCGUAUUACUCGGGCAGUGUUUUUG